CUUUUAUGGUCAGCAUGAAGAAAGGAAUGAGGACUUGUACUGCGAGUUCGGAACAUUGGACCAAAUACAAGCAACAGAUGGAACAUAUGAACCCGCGUGUUUCGACAGAAACAAAGGGAAGGAGUAUCACCAGGCUGACGGGACGGUGUUGCGUCCUUUCCUCAAGCAUGGCUCUGGUGGCUUUAACUUGUAUUGCCCCGAGGAGAUCGGCAAUGGAACUUUAGAGGAAUCCUGUUCUCGACGGCCUUACAAAAACUGCAGCUACACCUGCGAUGACGGUUUUUCCCGAGCUUCCGACUGGCUGAAAUGUCUGGAGAAGGGACCCUCGAACAACGUGUCUGCUAGAUGGGACAAACAUCUCCCCUGUGUCCCUUUGAAGCCAGAUCCCAAGGAGAUGGAACACACGACAGAAAGCUUGGUCUACCGGGUAUCCAUUGGGCUUGGUGUAGUGGUAAUUGUUGUCCUGUUGUUGGCAAUUCUUCUGUUCUUUCUGCGCCAGCACAGGGACAAGCUACCCGAGUACCUCAAAAAUGCUUGGUUGAUCAAGAAACAGGGAGAUAGAGAGCCCUCAGAUCCAGCUGAAGAGACUGAGCUCAUGCCUACAGUUGGUGAAGAUGAAACCUCGAUACCUCUGUCAGUCAACUCAACAGUUGGAGAUCCACAGCCCUCUAUAUCUCCGUCAGUCAACUCAACAGUUGGAGGUCCACUGCCCUCGAUAUCUCCGUCAGGCAACUCAACCGUUGGAAGUCCACCACCCUAUGUGUCUACAUCGGUCGAGAUCUCUCCAGGUGUUUCCAUGACAACAACUACCUCGACACCUCAGUGUGAGGGAAUGCCAGUGACCGGGACUGAGAGGCCAGUGAGGGGGACUGAAGUUAUUCAUCCCUGUGACACUCCUGUUACCCCAGCAGGGCAGAAAGGAUUCCCCGAACUGAGCAGCGACAAGGUCUGCUCCUUGCCCGGAGGUUUUGGCAGUGUGAACCCGAAUUUGCAUCUGCGAUCAAAAGAGUUCCUGGAUAAGGACUUGGCCUCAGCUCUCAAGCAUUUGGAUGAGCCGCUCUAUUCUGACGAGGAUGGAAAGGUUCUGUCUAUCUCAGAGAGCGGUCACCAGGGACUCAAAGUGAAUGCAGCACCAGAGUCCAGAGACGCACCACCAGAGGGCGCCAAGAGGGUAGCCUCACUCAAUGUCUCAAGCUGCACGGGACACGUUGGCCUGUUUUUGAAGCAAGACCAACGUUACGUCAAUGAGCUGGUCUCUCACAUUGAGGUCCUGGACGUCCGGUCAUCUAGCCAUACGCUACUAUCCUACGUCCAAGACAAUUACCAGGAGUUGGGGUUCGUCAACCGAGAAGAGGUCUUGGUGCACCAUCAGUAUCAGCGGGGCUGUAAUGGGCCGGCCGCAGCCUUCUUACAGAGGCUGAAGGAACGGCUGACGAAAAUUGGAAGCUUGGUUUCCUACUUCAACGAGACUGGAAACAAAAAAGCUGUAGAAGUCAUGCUGAAGGUGCAUCAAAAUUGCCCGUUCUGUCUGCAAUUUUCGGUGUCCGAGAGAUAGUAGCCUCGUAGGCCCCAAUUACGUGUGCCAGUAAAUGUGCACACCUUUGGUGUCCCAUCGAACAGGGUUUUGACCUUUAGUGUGCGGCGUGUGCACACCUUUGGUGUCCCAUCGAACAGGGUUUUGACCCUUUAGUGUGCGGCGUGUGCACACCUUUGGUGUCCCAUCGAACAGGGUUUUGACCUUUAGUGUGCGGCAUUUGUGCAAGUUUCGUGCCAAUUUUUUUCAUGGACUUAACACGAGAAGCGACUACAGUGACAACGAAGCGCUGUCUACAAAGUUGGUGUGUUCUGAUGUGGCAGCUCAUCCCCUGUGUGACUGACGAUACGAUGCUCUGUUGUUGUGCCGUCAGCCCAUGGUUUUGAACGACGCUCAGUCAGUUUUUUUGACACCAUGCUGGGUGGAGUUAGCCCUACUACCUGAUCUCGUGGUCUCAACUUGUUCCCGUUGAUACAAUUAUGUGGAAAAUUGCCGGUCAGGCAAAGGCCACCCAUCCCAUGUGGCAUGAACAGAUCUUCUGAGCUGCAAAAGAUAAACUGCGCGUGCUUGUCACUCUUGUCGAAAAAGAGGACUCUUCUGUUACAGAAAUUUUGUUCUGGUGGUUUCGUGUUUAACGCUUUGCAGCCACACAGCCAGCAGUUAAAAAUAGCCCCAUCUGGUCACCCAGCAAGAAGGGUGACAACAACGGUCUUCUCGAGCCUGACGCGGACCAGAACGGAUAAUUUUCAGCGUCGCAUUAAAGUGCUUUAAAAAAGCAAGUACUGUUGGAGAAAUAGAAGAGGUCUGUUUUAACCCUAACUCUGGCAAGGGCCGAUUAAAUCGGCCCAUUUCCUGCCAUGAAACUGGCAGGGCCGAUCUCAUAGGACCAUAUAGUAAACUGCUGCUUCUGCCUUCCAACUAAAUAUUUGGGGCUUCCUAAAGUGAUUUCUGAUUGGCUAAAAGGCUAACCUACAACCAAUCAGAAUAUUUCUACCAUUCUGGCUUAGGAGAAGAGUAUUUUGCUUUCAAAACAGAGGGAUGUUUUGAAAGCUUGUUGAUCAGGUCACAAGCCACUAAUGCCAGUGUAGAUCUAUCACUUGUGUGGGUCUAAAAUGGCCAAAAAUCGAUCUUUUUUGGAUACAUUUGAAAGUGAAUUGACUAGGGAAAGUAAUUCAGACACUGUUAGUGGUGGAUUUAUUGGUGUUCAGUCAAGAUUGGGAUUAGAUCUGACAGACAAUGGGGAUACAUUACCAGUUCUCAUCCUGCCCCGACUUCUCUUUCAAAUGGAACACUAGAUUCUACUACUUUGGGAGUCUAAUAGGGGCAGAAAAAGGAGAGCUAUAGAGUAAAGUAGGUUCCUUUUGCUAUACUAAUUAUUACAGACUACCAGCAGAUUGCUGAAAACCACAUGGUUGUACUUAGAGUGUUUUUAUGUUGAGUUUGGUAUAAAAUUAGCGAGUAUCAGCUGCGUUCGAAACAGACCACAUGACAAAUUGAAACAGUCAUAACUCAUUACCUGUUCUUCUCAAACCUAUAAAACUAUACAUUUUCUGAAAGGUAAUUGAAAAACCCAUAUUUCUGCUAUCUCACAUUUUUUAUAACAAGGAAUACAUUAGAUUGGUGAAUAUGCUAAUGAGCAUGUAAAUUUUUUAUGUCAGCCAUCUUGGAUUUCAAAGUUACAUAACCCCUUGAAAAUAAAAUAAAAUCAUAUGUUCAAUGGUAAAAUAUAAAAGUUCAUUCAAUUAUCUUUCAGAAAAUAUAUACUUUUGUAGGGUUUUUAUUUGAUGCAAGUCCAUAAAUUUGAUUUGUAAAGCAUGUGCACGUUUUGGCUGACUGGCCCUGCCAUUCCUGUUGAAACCAUUUGCCAGAGUUAGGGUUAAAG